AUGAGUACUAAAUCUUGCAUAGUCAACCCCAACAUCAAAGUUGCUCAACUCAAAAAACAGAUUGCCCAACUCACCGAUAUAGAAGAAAAAGACUUAACACUCUAUCUCAAUGACUACACUCUUGAAGAUGAAAACCAGCUAUCUACUUAUAAUCCAGACGAUUGCCAAUUUAUUUAUGUUAACAGAGACAAUUUUCAACUAGAUGAAGAUGUACUUGAAACUGAAAUCCUGGAAAUACAAAAUCGAGGAAUCUAUAAUCGCAUGAAAGGCUACGAGAAACUAGGUAUCAUUCACGAAGAUUCUGAAGAAGUUACGCGUAAAAAGUCUAAUUAAUAACUUACAGUUGAUUUCAUUAAGCUAGUAAAAAAUAAUGAUAUACCCGCUAUCAAAGCCUUGUUCCCAACCCAGUAUCCCAUAGACAUCAUCAAUGAUAGACAAUACUCUGGAUUCUCUGCCUUCCAUUACGCAACUCAAUCUGGCCAUUCCGAACUAGUUACACUUCUUAUUGAAUUAGGUGCCAACAUCAAUUUGUCAACGAAGGAUAACCAAUCAUCAUUAUAAUUAGCUCUAAAAAACAAUCAAAUCUCAUGCGCUAAGAUUCUACUCUCACAACCCCAUUGUGAUGUCAAUUUCGUUUCCUAAGGCAAGAGUGCACUUCAAUUGGCAGUCUUGGCAGGCAAUUUAGAAAUUGUUGAACUCAUCCUCAAACAUCCAACCUUCGACUCCUAAUCUAUUGAUCUCAAUGAAUUCAAGGGGGAUCCUCAGGCCAUUCAACUGGUUAUCAACCUCUAAAAAUCAAACCAAACCAAUUAAGCCAACAAGCCUAAAGCUCAAAAAGGAUACAUCAAAAAGGUCAAUGUGCUCAGGUUUUUUCAUUAUAAAAGAUACCUAACUCUUGACCCAGAGGCAGGAACCUUAACAAGAUAUAAAACCGAAGCUGAUUACCCACUUUAACCCAUCGAAAUUGUUGCUCUUUCCAAUAUCAUUAGUGUAUGGCAACCUAAAAGAGAAUGGUACAUGAAUAGCGACCAUGAAUAUUUGAGUGUGUCCUAUAAGAAGGGAGGAAUUGAAAUCUUAACAUUCUGUUCCAAAAGUAAAAAUACUAUAUUGAGUUGGAGGAGAAGUCUAGAAGAUUCUAUUAAAUAUUAUACAGAAAUUGAAAAGAAAAUCGCCCAACUUUCGGAACUAAGAGAUGUAUAUGGAUUAAGCUAAUAUAUAAAUGAGAGUAGUGAAUAAUUUAGUAUAAUUGAAGAUUCUAGUUUUUAGAAUAAUUAGCAUGUAAUUAAGCAAAGAUAAUAAUAAUUACUUUAAUAAUAAGAAGAAGAUAAAUCAUAACGAUAGGAUAGUUAUUAAUAAUAGGAUAAUGGUAAUUAAUUUUAAUAAUUAUUAAACCUACAAUAAUAAUUAAAUGAUCAAUAAGAAUCUAUUAAUCUAUCUCCUGUUGAAAUACCCCAAUCCAUAAAGUAAUGCUUUUAAUAUCUUGAAUAAUAUUCGGUUAUUAAAUAAAUUGGUUAAGGUGCCUUUGGGAAAGUAUUUCUUGUCAAACACAAUCCUACUCAAAAUAUUUAUGCCAUGAAACAAUUAAAUAAGAAAAGAUUGAUGCAAAAAAAAUAAAUAAAAUUCGCUAUUACUGAAUGCAAUAUUUUAAAAUAAGUUGAUUCUCCAUAAAUUGUAAAUCUUUUUUAAUCCUUUCAAACAGUUAAUAAUCUCUAUCUAGUAAUGGACUAUUGUGGAGGUGGAGAUCUCUCCUAUCAUCUAUGCAAAUACAAGACUUUCGAUGAAAGUACUUGCAAAAUAAUUGCUCGAUAAAUUAUGAAGGCUAUAGAGUAUUUGCAUAGCAAAGAUAUUAUUUACAGAGAUCUCAAACCAGAGAAUAUAAUUCUUGAUAGCGAAGGGAGGAUCAAACUUGUAGAUUUUGGACUUUCCAAAUAAACAGAUGACGGCAAAACACGCACCUUCUGUGGUUCUCCUGCUUACCUGUCUCCUGAAGUCUUAGCAAAGAAAGGAGCAGUACAAGCCACAGAUGUUUAUGGGAUUGGAACAGUGUUAUAUGAACUAUUGCUGGGAGAUCCACCUUAUUUUAGUGAAGACAUAGACACUUUAUACAAUAGCAUUCGUAAUGAUAAUCUGCACAUUCCUAAUAAAUUAAGCAAGCCUUGUCAAUCAAUUCUCCUUGGAUUGUUGUAAAAAGAAGCCAAUAAAAGGAUUGGCUGCAAAUAGCCAUCAUAAGUGAAUUGGAACUUGAUAAAAUUACAUGAGUGGCUGGAAUGGGACAAUCCUGAAGAGAAAGUUACAUUUGGGAUAAGUUAAGAAAAUUUAGACAGUAUAAUUCGGAAAUAUACUCAUAAUCUUGGAGACGCAGAUUAUAACGAAGAAAACUCAAGCAUAAACAGAAUAAAUGGAUGGACCUUUGUAAGAAAGAGUUGA